AGAAAGAAUAGAUCUAACUAAUUGAUGCUAGAAAUGGCUUUUCACUUAGCGAAAGCCAACAUUUCGCCGUGGUUGUUAGUGUACAGUGUCUUUGGGAUCCUUUCUAGUAGUAUCAAUCCCGCAGAGGGACAACGGUUUUGCGGCAAGGUGCUAACGGACACGCUGUCAGCAUACUGCGAAAUAUUUCCAACUCCCCGUCCCAGCAAACGUCAAGUGAUUGAAGUAACCGACUUCCGUCAUGUUUUGUUCCCAAACCAUCCGCCUGAAAUUGAUGAUCAACCGUUUGACGACCAAACGUUUCGUUCGAUGGAAAACAUGAAACAUAAAAUCAAAUGGAUGAAAGCACUUUUCAGGAUUAAAGAUGACCCCAUCAGUGCCAACGAAAAACCAGAUGUUGACGAUGUUAAUGCUUUCUCCAUGCACGAUCGUUUUGAACUGAGAAAACGUGGAGUUGUUGACGAUUGUUGCUACAAGUCUUGUACCCUGCAGUACUUGUUGACGAACUAUUGUGGCAAGAUGCUUCGCUGAAACUGACAACCUAUGCAUUGUGUAUAGAUUAAAUUAUUUAUGAACAAAUAGAAAAGAUAUCUGUUGUAUUUUCAAGCUUAGGGGACCAAUUCGUAAAUUUCUAUAUGAUUGUAAUAGCUGGUACGUGUGGUAGCUAGAUGAAAAUUGUUUUACUUCAACUGUAAAUUCGUCUAUUGUAUGUGGCACUUGACUGGAUUCGAGUUGAGUCAAAUCGAGACACUUAAAAUGAUAUUUACAGUUGUGGUCGAAAUACGCGUAUCUAUCGAUAAGUCAAGGAAGUAUGUAAAUGCAAUUGUUCGAUGCAUUUGUUGGAUUUGGGAAAAUAUGCCAUUUUUAAUUCCAAACUGAUUUUAUCAUGUUAUGCUCUGUUUGUUUGUGAUAAAAUCCAUUGACCGAUAUUAGAAAAAUAUAAAAUAUAAUACAACCAAUAAAACACAUUAAUAUUUGAUGUAGCAAAAUCAGAAAAUGUAGAAAAAUAUCGUUUGGCAGGUUUUUCUUAUUAUUUAAUAUACAAAACCAGAACAAUAAAAAGGUUCUCAUUUACUUAUGUGGUUCAUAAUUAUUUCGAUGCCGGUGC